GCCAAUCAUCUCAAAUCAGCACUCUUUCACCCAUUAGACCUAUUCAGCUCACCUCUUCUGCUAGACCUUCAACAUCUAUUCUGCCCACUUUUCUUGCUAGAUCUUCAACACCUAUUCUGUCUACCUCUUCUACUAAACCUUCAACUCCUAUUCAGCCUACUUCUCCCACAACACCUUCAAUAUCUGCUUCUCUCACAAUACCUUCAACACCCAUUCGUCUUACUUCUCUCACUAUAUUUCCUGUCGUUACCAUUGCUCCUUUAGCUAUAUCUACGUUAAAGCAAUAA